AUGUUAUCAAAUAGAUAUUAUUUAUUAUAUAUUUGUAUAUUUAUUACAUUGUUAUCGUUACCAACUGCUCUAUCACAAUCAGGUCUUGGAGCUGGUGGUGGAGCUGGAGUCGGGGGUAGUGGCUCUGGAAGACCCGUUGGUAACGGAACUGGUAGACCGGUUCAAAAUACUGGUGGUAAUGGAGUUGCAGGUACUACACCACCAGCUACACGUGAUUGUCAUUACGUUGAUUGGCAACCAGGCCAAAAUUAUAGUCGAAAUCAAAUAGUUAGACGUGGCCCAGGUUUGUUUUACAAGUUGACCAAUACCGGUAUGAGUGGUGGAAGUGAUGGAACCGAUCCUAUCUUAUCUCCAUGGUAUUGGAGUAGAAUCGAUUGUGUAACCUCUUCAAAUACCGGUUUGAAUCCUGUUGAUCCUUCCAUUCCAACCACACCAGGUGGCCAAGGAGAUUGUUCAGGUGCUGUAGAAUGGCAAGCUGGUAUCAACUAUAAUCGUGGUCAAGUCGUCAUAAGAUAUGGUACCUAUUACAGGUUGGUAAACGUGGGUGGGAAUGGCAGCGAGGGAACUGAUCCCGCUGUAUCUUUUUGGUAUUGGACUCAAAUAAGAUGCAAUAAUAGCAAUAGUACAGGUGGUGUUGCUACUGGUUCAGCACCCACAGCAGCAGCAACAGCAGCAGCAACAGCAGCAGCAACCGCAGCAGCAACAGCAGCAGCAACAGCAGCAGCAACCGCAGCCGCCACAGGAGCAGCAGCAACCGGUGGAGUCAUCGGAGCUGGAGGUUGUAAUGCAGUCGAUUGGCAAAACGGUGUUAACUACUCUAUGGGGCAAGUGGUUUUAUUCAACGGAGUUUAUUACAAGGUCGUGAAUGUAGGCGCAAAUGGAUCCGAUGGUACUGAUCCAACAGUAUCCACUUGGUAUUGGUCUCAAGUUGAUUGCAAUGGUAACUCUGGAAAUGGUGGUAACACUAAUCCUUCAUCUGGUGCUGGUACAGGUAAUACAGUCACAUGGCAAGCCGGUGUAAACUAUCCUUUAGGUCAAAUCGUAAGUCAUAACGGAGCGUGCUACAAGGUUAUUAAUGCUGGCACCAAUGGCAGUGAUGGUACUGAUCCAACAGUAUCAACCUGGUAUUGGUCUCAAGUUGAUUGUUCUGCUGGGGGUAGUUCAACUUCAUCUUCUUCAUCAUCAAUCACAGGUUCUGCAAAUGGUAAUGUAUUUGAUUGGCAAAGAGGUGUAAACUACCCAAUGGGGCAAGUGGUUUCAAUGAAUGGCGCAUGCUACAAGGUUAUUAAUGUAGGCGCAAAUGGUAGUGAUGGAACCGAUCCAACAGUGUCGACAUGGUAUUGGUCUCAAGUUGAUUGUUCUGCUGGAAGUAGUUCAACUUCAUCAUCAUCAUCAACCACUGGUGGAUCAUCUGGUAAUGCAGUUGAAUGGCAAAGAGGUGUAAACUAUCCAUUAGGUACAUUCGUUUCUAUGAAUGGCGCAUGCUACAAAGUUAUUAAUGCUGGCGCAAAUGGCAGUGAUGGAACCGAUCCAACUAUUUCAGGAUGGUAUUGGGCACAAGUAGAUUGUUAUGCUUCAACUUCCGGCUCUUCUUCUUCAUCUAGUGGAUCAUCUGGUAAUGUAGUUCAAUGGCAGAGAGGUGUAAACUAUCCAUUAGGUACAGUCGUUUCUUUUAAUGGAGCAUGUUACAAGGUAGUUAACAUAGGAACUAAUGGCAGUGAUGGUACUGAUCCUUCAGUCUCUACAUGGUAUUGGGCACAAGUCGAUUGUUCUUCAGUUGGUACUCCUUCAUCCUCUACUGGUGGAUCAACAUGUGGCUCAGUUGCUAUUGAUUGGUAUAGAGAUAUAAACUACCCUUAUGGUCAAAUUGUAAAAUUCAAUGGCGAAUAUUUCAAAGUAGUAAAUGUGGGCUUAAAUGGCAGUGAUGGUACCGAUCCUUCAAUCUCAACUUGGUAUUGGUCUAAAAUAACAAAUUGUGAUGGUGGUAGUACAACUUCAUCCUCAUCAACUGGUGGAAGUGGAACUGCUUCAUCUGGUGAUUGUAAUUCUAUUACAUGGCAAAGAGAUAUCAACUAUCAAAUUAAUCAAGUUGUUUGGCUAGGUGGGAAUCUAUAUAAGUUGAUUAAUAUAGGUGCAAAUGGCAGUGAUGGAACUGAUCCUUUAAUCUCAACUUGGUAUUGGUCAUUGGUUACCUGUCAAAACGGUGUGGUUCAAGUAGGUGGUGGUAGUGGAGGUACCGAUACCACAAGUCCACCAAAUCCACACAAUCCAGGAUAUUGGAUCGUUAGUGAAUCGGAAUUCAACCAAAUCUUUCCAAAUAGAAAUCCAUUCUAUACCUAUAGUGGAUUGGUUUCUGCUUUGCCAGCCUAUCCAGCAUUUACUUUUACCGGUGAUAAUGUUACAAUGUUACAAGAAGCAGCGGCAUUUUUAGCAAAUGUAAAUCAUGAGACCGGAGGAUUAGUUUAUAUUCGUGAAAUCAAUCAAGCGAAUUGGAAUUCAUAUUGUUCAACAGGAUCAUGUGGAGAUAAACAAUAUUAUGGUCGUGGUCCAAUUCAAUUGAGUUGGAAUUAUAACUAUGCGGCAGCUGGCAAUGCACUUGGAUUGGAUCUAUUAAAUAAUCCAGAUUGGGUUGCAACAGACUCAUCUAUUGCUUGGAAGACCGCUCUAUGGUAUUGGAAUACUCAAAGUGGUGCUACAUCAACAACACCUCACUAUGCAAUGGUUUAUCAACAUUCAUUUGGUCAAACAAUCAGAGCUAUCAAUGGAGGACUGGAAUGUAAUGGUGCCAACUCUGCACAAAUGCAAAGUCGUGUUCAAUACUAUCAAAAUAUUUGUGGAAUUCUUAAUAUUCCAACAGGUGAUAAUUUACAAUGUUAA